AUGUCUCCAUCAAUGGACAAGCACGAAAUCCAAUACAUCGAUGAAAAGGCAGACUCCAUCGAUUCGCCCAAGCCGCAUCAGAUCGUCAAGAUCGACAACUUCCAAGUGUUGGGUCUGGCACCUGAAGAUGCGGACUUUUACAUCAACUACACGGAAGAGAAAAGGAAAAGAUUAAUCCACAAGGUCGACAUUCGCUUGGUGCCGAUGCUUGCAGUCCUUUAUCUCAUCUCCCACAUCGAUCGAGCGAACAUCGGCAAUGCAAAGAUUGAGGGCAUGGUCACAGACCUGGGUCUUGACGGCGUGCAAUGGAACAUCGUGUUAUCAGUGUUCUUCGUGCCGUACAUUCUUCUUGAAGUUCCAUCCAACAUUCUCUUGAAGAAGUUCAAGCGUCCAUCGUACUACCUCGGCAUACUCAUCGUCUGCUGGGGUAUCAUCAUGACCAUGAUGGGUGUCGUAAAAGGCUUCGUCGGUUUACUGAUUACAAGAAUUCUUCUCGGAGUGUUCGAAGCUGGAUUCUUCCCAGGCGCGAUUUAUCUCUGCUCUUACUGGUACAUGCCAAAGGACCUUGCGACGAGGAUCUCGUACUUCUACUGUGCUUCGGCAUUAUCUGGGGCGUUCAGUGGUCUGCUUGCUGCGGCCAUCGCCAAGAUGGAUGGUGUCGGGGGUUACGAAGGCUGGAGAUGGAUAUUCAUCUUGGAGGGGAUUGUAACCGUCGCCCUCGGUGUCUCGUGCUUCUUCCUCCUGAUCGAUUCUCCUGCGUUGAGUGGACGGUGGUUGAAACCCGACGAGAUCCGCUUCCUCGAACUCCAACGAUUCAUCAAAGACGGCGGAAGAUUCGGAGAGGAGCAAAAAGAGGGCUUCAAGUGGAGCGACUUGAAGGCCGUGCUAUGCAACUGGCGCCUGUACAUGCAAGCAUACAUCCUGCUUUGCAUAUCGGCAUGCUCAUAUGGGACGAAAUUCACCUUGCCUACCAUCACAAAGAGUAUGGGUUUCAACAACACUAACGCCCAGCUGAUGACGGUUCCACCAUACGUGGCUGGUGCUUUGAGCUCCAUCUUCUUUGCGAAGCUCUCGGACAGGUUUUACUGGCGUUUGCCGUUCGUUGCCAUCCCUCUCUCCUUCAUCUUCAUCGGGUACGCCGUAGUCAUCUCAUUCGAUGGCGAUCUGGGUGGCAACAUCGGCCCGGCAUUCUUUGCUAUCAUCCUGACGUGUAUGGGCAUCUACCCCAUUCAGCCGGCCGGAAGCAGUUGGGCAGCCAACAACCUUGCUCCAUCGUCCCGUCGUGCUAUCGGCGUUGCUUUCAACAUCUGCGUCGGUAACAUCGGUGGCGUCAUCGGCAGUUACAUGUACCUGGAGAGCGAGAAGCCCAAGUACUACACUGGCUUCGGACUGUCGCUCGCGUUCGGCGCGACCGGCUUUAUUGUCGCAUUUCUCUUGGAGUUGUCGUACAAGUGGGGCAAUACGAAGAAGGCGAGGCUUAGCGAAGACGAGAUUCGGGCGAAGUACACGGAUGAGGAGCUCUUGAACAUGGGCGACAAGUCGCCGUUAUUCCGGUACACUCUGUAA